AUGCAGCUCAAGACACAGGUCGCCGGCCUGGUUGCGGCCCUGGCCCUCCCCAGCCUCGGUGCCGCUGCUCGCAACGACACUGGCUUCCCGCCCGAUGAGGACGGCAAGUACUGGAUCCAAAGCGAGGUCAUGAAGAUUGGCUUUGUCCCCUACGGCGCCUCCAUCUCGGACCUGCACAUCAAGGACAAGUACGGCGUCACCCGCGACAUCGUCGCCGGCUGGGACAAUGCCACCUACUACACGCUCGACGAGCAGCACCCCAACUACGGCUCCGUCCCCGGACGAUAUGCCAACCGCAUCAAGAACGGCACCUUUGAGAUUGACGGCGAGAAGUACCAGGCCUCUCUCAACGACAACCCCACCGAGGAGCACCCCGAUGGCCUCGACACCCUCCACGGUGGCAAGGACGGCUGGGGCUGGCGCAACUUCACCGUCGAGGCCCACACCGACAGCAGCGUCACCUUCAAGAUCGUCGACCCUAGCGGCAAGGAGGGCUUCCCCGGCGAGGUCAUCUCCUACGUGACCUACACCGUCAACGGCAGCGACUGGGACAUUAGCAUGGUCGCCCUGGCCACAACCAAGAAGACCCCCAUCAUGCUCAGCAGCCACGCGUACUGGAACCUCGACGGCUUCGCCAACAACGAGACGAGCCUCGCGCUCAACCACACCCUGCAACUGCCCUACAGCGGCCAGCGCGUUGCCGUCGACAACAUCCUCAUCCCGACCGGCGCGAUCCUCGCCAACGAGAAGGGCAGCGCCAAUGACUUCUGGUCCAAGUCCAAGCAGCUCGGCGCCUCCUUUGACGGCGACGAGCUCGAGGGCAACUGUGGCUACGGCUGCAAGGGCUACGACAACUGCUACACGGUCAACCGCCAGCAGCUCGGCAACUACGACUGGCGCACGCACUCGCCCGUGGCCGUCCUGCACUCCAACUGGUCCGGCAUUGGCAUCGAGGUCUACUCGGACCAGGACGCCUUCCAGAUCUACUCGUGCAACGGCCAGGACGGCACGCUCGCGCUCAAGCAGUCGCAGGGCAUCGACGACGAGGAGGACUUCCCCCGCACCAUCCCCCAGUACGGCUGCGUCGUCAUGGAGGUCCAGGACUACAUUGACGGCAUCAACAACCCGGCCUGGUUCAGGGAGAAGAAGCAGAUCUUUGGGCCCGGCGACGACCCGUAUGUCCUGCGGGCGAGGUACCACUUUACCGUGGACGAGGCGGACGAGUAG